AUGGUACGUACUAGCCACAGCCAUUGUAUGUGGCGCGGUGACUACCUUACAGGUCCUACAAAUACUGAUUCGACAUCGUCUUUUCUAUCACGGUAUGCCCAAGGCUCACGUUCAGAAUACCGGUGUGUCGACCUCAAUACACGUGUAUAG